AUGUUGUUCUGGAGACGGCUUAUUCAUGUAACUUUUACUGGUUUAUUACCGCGAUUUUUGCUUCUUGAUCAACACAUGCAGUCGCGUAUAAUUUUAUUGAUCACUCAAGUAUCUGACGUUGUAUUAACGACACAAAGUUUAUGUCACGCCGAAAAUGGUCUCAGUCCAAAACAAAUUCUGUUUUGUCAAAGACAUUUGGAUAUAAUGCCGUUUAUUCGAUUUGGAACAAAUUUAGCAUUGGAAGAAUGUAGAACACAAUUUAAAAAUCGUCAUUGGAACUGUAGUCUAUUCUAUGAACAAAAACAAAUUGAAAAUAUACUCGAUUCAGGCACAAAAGAAUCGGCAUAUGUUCAUGCAAUUACGGCAGCCGGCAUCGCCUAUGCCAUAACAAAAGCGUGUUCAACGGGUAGACUGGCAUCAUGUGGUUGUGAUAUGUCGUUACAAAGUAAAAGUGAUGGAACGACAAAAUGGUCAGGAUGUUCAGAUAACGUUUUAUUCGGAUCAGAAAUUGCAAGAAAAUUUGUGAAUUUAAGAGAAAGACCAAUGAAGAAUAAAACGAGUCUGUUAAAUAUUCAUAAUAAUCAAGCAGGAAUUAAGACGGUUCAAAGUGAAGUUGAUCGUCAAUGUAAAUGUCAUGGUGUCUCUGGUUCAUGUGAAUUUAAGACAUGUUGGCGUUCACUGAGACCAUUUCAUCGUAUUGGCAAUCAAUUAAAAGAAAAGUAUGACGAUGCCAUUGAAGUUCGUUUACAUCAUAGCAAGAAUAAAUUACGUUUAAUAGCCCGUAAUUCACCAUACGAAAGUCAAACAAAAUCGGAUCUUGUCUAUUUGAAUCAAAGUCCAAAUUAUUGUGAAAGAAAUGUUACGUAUGGUUCAUUUGGUACCUAUGGACGUUUAUGUAAUCGUAGUUCUCGGGCAAUUGAUGGUUGUGAAUUAUUAUGUUGCAAUCGUGGUUAUCAAUCACAAAUUGUUACUUAUCGUGAUAAAUGCAAUUGCCGUUUUACAUUUUGUUGUACAAUUACAUGUCAAGAAUGUAUUCAAACAAAAGAGAUUAGUCGAUGUUUAUAA